AUUUAGAAUACUGUAGCCUAAACAUUAGCAUUGAGACCCGGAUUAGCGUGCCGCGGCUGCGAUAUCCGCCAUUUUGCUAAGGUUUUUGCUACACUGUUCAAUGUUGAUUUGAUGUUCACUAUGGACGACAGAAUGGAAAUUUUCAAACUGGCACAGUCCUACAAGAUAAAAUGGGAGCUGCUACUUGAAAGUAAAGUGCACGAAGUACUCUGUGCACAUGCACAGUCCUUAGGAUGUGAAUUGGAUCUGCUAAUACUACCCGUGUUUGUUUCUGUAGCCAGCGCCAUGGGAUCCAGAGCAAAGGUCAAGGUUACCAAGAGUUGGACAGAAUGUGUCAAUCUUACUGCCAUUGUGGCAGCAAGACGAGGUGAAAGAAAAUCCACAGUAUUAAACUGUGUUAAAACAUGUAGCCGACAAGUGAAAAACUUCACAGACGAUAAAGAAAUGGAGGGUAAAUCGCAGGUCACCGUAAUAAACGAGUCCUUUGUCGAUAACAUCACAGAAACCUGCAGAGUCCGUGGCAGCCGUCUAUUCGUUAUAGACGAUCUCGACAUUGUUCUUAAAAAGGUGAUUCAAAUGCCAGAUAUCUGGAAUCUUCGCACCUUGCAAACGUCCUUGACCUCCUGUUCAGAACAGAAUGGUGGCCCUUCUAGCACCAGUAUAAACGUCAUAGCAGCGGCUCAGGCAGCUAAUAUUUCAGAGAUCAUAAACUUCCCUGACCCAGGGCGGCUCUUGGACAGGAUUUUAGUUUUAUGUGCAAGGGAUUUUGAAGAUAUUGUGAUAUCUAUUAAACCAAGUGAAACCUUAGAUACGAUCCUCCAAAAGAUACACGAUCUACAUGUUAAUAAAGACGUUUCAUACACUUUCAGUGAAGAGGCCACACUAGAGUUUGAAAGAAUGUCUGGAAUAAUUAAUUCUAUUAAGAAACAGUGCCAUAAUGAUGAACUGAAACGAGGAUGUGCUAAUCACGUGAUGUCCCAAAUGGCCCGAUUAAGCGCCAUAUCAACUGCUUUGACGGCUGCAGUGACAGACACCAAUACAGAUUUUACCAUAACAAAAACGACUGUCCAAUCCAUGUUUGUUGUCUCGCUGUACCUGCUGCGACAAAAAUGUCUACUGUUACACGGGUCUGACAGUGCAACAUACUCCGAACUAUUUCACUCUAUUCUUAGUAGUGAAGUUGAGCUACUUACAACGAUGAAUACUAGUAAUGCAUUCAGUGGAAGAGAGAAUGAAGAUGACGUCAUAGAAAUCACCUUGGAUGGCAACAAUGAACCUGUUGCCAGAAUUAUACCAAAACGUGACGAUUCAGGAGAAACCAGUGACGUUGAAACAAUUCAGCAAUCUGACGUCACCAUGUGGACAAUGGAGAACAGAGACAACACCAUUAGUCAGAAUGAGCGAGAAACAAGCAGUGUGUAUUAUCCAAGUGUACCACAAGAAGUUGUAGGUCACCCCAAACAACAGAGAAUAAUAAACCCUCCACUAAAUCAAGAGACAAGUAAUCGCCAACAUUAUGAACAAAACCAGGUACUACCUCUUGAUGGUGACAGUAAACAAUUUAACAAUUCAGGCAUUCUUCGACCAAGAGGUAAAUUUCGUCCUCCACCUCCACCUUUAAAACUUCGCCCACAUCAACUUCAUGUCAACCGUAGAUUUAUUCCUGCUCCAAAACGUCUGACCGACAAAACACAACUCAAAACAUGCGUGUUCACAUGUAGUGAUAGUAUUUUUGUUCAACUGUGUUGCGCUAAAAUCAGAAAAUGUCUGUUGACAAAAGGAAUUUUCAUCACCUCCUCGUACGCCUGCCAGUACCGCCUUUUCCCGCCCGUUCCUCUGGUACAGAGGACGUCGUCUCCGCGGACCACCCAUCCCUCUUGGGCGGCUGUGAAAUUCUUUGAACGUUUAGAAUCUCUUGGCUUUGGCGAGGUCACAGUCUUUCGUUCACAGUCAGUAAAAUUUAGGAAGAAGUCACUAGAGGAGAUGUCAGAAAAGGCGAGGGCUAUUCUUAGACAGGUGGGGAUCACAGAUGAGGAGUACAGGUCUUCUCUGACGACAGAGGAGGAGGUUCAAGGGUCCAUACAGGAAUAUAAUUAUAUUUUCACCGUACAUCAGAACGGGGAGAUCGAGACUGAACAAAUUCAGCAAAUGGACGUUGAGCAGAAGGUCCAACAGCAGACACAGCUAGAACAUCAAAGUAUAAAGCACUCCAGGAGGUGGAUCCAGGGUUUCCAGUAUAGAGAGGGGUUUGGGCGGAGUGACAAUUUCCCCCGAUUCAUUGCUUCGCCUUUAUUUGCCUGUGUUCUGGUACAAAUGUCCGAGAUACUUCAUAACGACUCAAAGAAAACCGAACAUGAACAAAAUCCGUCUCGCUCACAGUCACAGUCUUCGACAAAUAAUGUGUUUCCAACAGGGCCCAUUAAACUUAAUUCUGAUGUAAAGCCAUUCAUUGAAAGGGACGAACAUAUCUACUGUUUCAGGAACGCCAAAAGAGGAUAUGCCAUUCUUAUAAUGAAUUAUGAGUUUGUAAACGAAGACGAAAAUUUACCUGGAGUAAAGCGUGACAUUGAAAAUAUGUCUAAACUAUUCAAUUCUAUGGGUUUUGAAGUGAGGGAAUUUGUUAAUCUUACAAAUAUACAACUAAUUACAGAGCUCGUUGAAAUCCAAAAUGAGAUGCCCAGUGACUGUGAUUGCUUUGUAUGUGUCAUCAGUACCCACGGAGGGGAGGAUCCAGGAUUUUAUAUCAGAUAUCCUGAGGAAUCGUACACAAAGACAGAACACUACCUCUUGAACACAGAAGGCGCUAUCUGGACACGGCAGAUUGUGGACAUGUUUAACAAUCAGCAAUGUAAAGCACUAAAAGGGAAACCGAAAUUAUUCUUUAUUCAGGCUUGUCGAGGAAGAAAUGUAGAUAAAGGUGUUGAUUUGUUAGAGAAUAACGACGACGAAAGUGACGAUGAUUCUGUAAAUAACGAAGUGUUCCAAAUCCCAUGUUACAACGAUUCCUUAGUGAUGUUUUCUUCUACCUCAGGUAAAUAUGCGUGGUCUGAAGACUUGGAGGGUGGCUGGCUUCUCUCAGCUUUACAAAAGGUAUUCUCCAACAAUACUGGGGAGGACUUACUUUCACUUUUGACACAAGUUUGUGGAGAAGUGGCGACUAGAGAGGCGUAUAUACCGUGCAACAAGAGGGCCCAUCGGACAAAGAGCACCGCCUGUAUUUAUCACAAACUGUCCAAAGACAUAUAUUUUCCUCCGUUCAAGUUUAAAAAAUGAAAACUAAAACUUUUAUGUCAAAUAUAAUGAUGGUCCAAAAUU